UCCUCUCAGUGCCCUAUCUACCAACACGUCUCACCGUAGCCCUUGCCCCUCUUCCAGCACAGAACUGGAGCAGUUGACGGGGUAAUUCCAAUAGGAAUCGGAGGAUUUGGAGGCGUCGGGGGAGAAACCUGCGGAGGGCUCUGCGAGCCUGAAGCACCCAGGAAGACUCCGAGCGGGUCCGAGGAGGCUCUGGAGGACCUGGGGGUGGACAUCCAGGUGUCCUUCCCUGGGUGAAAUCAGAACUGAACAUCUAAAAAAAAAAAUUGAAAACACGGAGAAGCAACAAAGAAGCGCUUCCCCUCCGCAGUCCUCCACAGUCCACCCAAAGUUGACCAAGCCUGUUGUCUUUGCAGGAGUGGGCUUCGCGCUCCACACAACGAUGAGAUUGGACCGUCCCUCUGUCUGUCUCCUGCGCGAAACCCCGCCCCGGGAGGUGUCACGGAGCUCAGCUGAUAUAAGCUCGGGACCUGCGGAGUCAAGUUCUCGGCUCCGGACUUGGAAGGCUCCGUUUCCUGCUCCUGGAGGGAGACGCGCUGCAGAGGAGAACCCCGACGGGAGAACAUUCCAGGAUAGGAAUAGGCCAAGUCCUGAGAAGAUGACUCUUAGGAUUGAUUCGGAUACAAACUUUCCUGAGUGUGUUAUAGAUGCAGGAAAAGUCACCCUUGGGACUCAGCAGAGGCAGGAGAUGGACCCUCGCCUGCGGGAGAAACAGAAUGAAAUCAUCCUGCAAGCAGUGUGUGCUCUGCUGAAUUCUGGUGGGGGCGUAAUCAAGGCUGAGAUUGAGAACAAAGGCUACAAUUAUGAGAGUCAUGGAGUAGGAUUGGAUGUGCCUCCAAUUUGCAGAAACUAUUUAGAUGCAAUGCAGAAGGAAAACUACUUUUUGAUGUUCGUGAAAUCAUGGAAAACGGAGGCUGGUGCGCCACUUGCUACCUUAUGCUCCAAUUUGUACCACAGACAGAGAACAUCCACUGAUGUCAUGGAUUCUCAGGAAGCUCUGGCAUUCCUCAAAAGGAGGACUCAGACUCCUAUGAAUAUUAAUGUUUCCAAUUCAUUAAGUCCACAGGCAGCUCAGGGUAGUUUACAAUAUGAAGGUAACAUAAAUGCCUCAGCUGCUGCUUUAUUUGAUAAAAAGCGGCUUCAGUACCUGGAAAAACUCAACUUUCUUGAAUCUACGCAUGUUGAAUUUGUGAUGUUCUCAACAGACGUGUCACACUGUGUUAAAGACAGACUUCCGAAGUGUGUUUCUGCAUUUGCAAAUACUGAAGGAGGAUAUGUAUUUUUUGGUGUGCACGAUGUGACUUGUCAAGUGAUUGGAUGUGAAAAAGAGAAAAUAGACCUUACCAGCUUGAGGACAUCUAUUGAUAGCUGUAUUAGGAAGCUACCUGUCCAUCAUUUCUGCACACAGAGGCCUGAGAUACAAUAUGUCAUUAACUUCCUUGAAGUAUAUGAUAAGGGCGCCCUCCGCGGAUAUGUAUGUGCAAUCAAGGUGGAGCGAUUCUGCUGUGCAGUGUUUGCCAAAGUGCCUAGUUCCUGGCAGGUGAAAGACAACCGUGUGAGACAAUUGCUCACAAGAGAAUGGACUGCUUGGAUGAUGAAAGCCGACCCAGAUCUUUCCAGGUGUCCUGAGAUGGUCCUUGCGCUGAGUUUGUCAUCUGCCACACCCCUCAGCAACACCGUGUGCAUUCAUAAGAAUUUGGAAUGUCUGAAAGAGCAGCAGAAACGCUACUUUCCAGUAUUUUCAGACAGAGUGGUGUAUACUCCAGAAAGCCUCUACAAGGAGCUCUUCUCACAACAUAAAGGACUCAGAGACUUAAUAAAUACAGAAAUGCGCCCUUUUUCUCAAGGAAUAUUGAUUUUUUCUCGAAGUUGGGCUGUGGACUUAGGUCUGAAAGAGAAGCAGGGGGUCAUCUGUGAUGCUCUUCUAAUUUCCCAGAACAACACCCCUAUUCUCUAUACCAUCUUCAGCGAGUGGGAUGCAGGGUGCAAGGGCUAUUCUAUGAUAGUUGCCUAUUCUUUGAAGCAGAGGCUGGUGAACAUAGGUGGUUACACUGGGAGAUUAUGCAUCACUCCCUUGGUCUGUGUGCUGAAUUCUGAUAGAAGCUCACAGGGCGUUUACAGUUCAUAUUUACAAAUUUACCCCGAAUCCUAUAACUUCAUGACUUCCUGGCACAUGGAAGCCCUGUUACAGUCCCUCCUGAUAGUCUUGCUUGGGUUCAAAUCCUUUUUAAGUGAAGAGCUGGGCUCUGAGGUUUUGAACCUACUGACAGAUAAACAAUAUCAAUUGCUUUCAAAGAACCUUCGCAAGGCCAGAGAGUUGUUUGUUCAUGGCUUACCUGGAUCAGGGAAGACUAUCUUGGCUCUUAGGAUCAUGGAGAAGAUCAAGAAUGUGUUUCACUGUGAACCGGAUAACAUUCUCUACAUCUGUGAGAACCAGCCCCUGAGGAAGUUGGUGAGUUGCAGCACGAAAAGGAUCUGCCAAGCAGUGACCCGGAAAACCUUCAUGAAAAACGGCUUUGAACACAUCCAGCACAUUGUCAUUGAUGAAGCUCAGAAUUUCCGCACUGAAGAUGGGGACUGGUAUGCGAAGGCAAAGUUCAUCACUCAGACAGCAAGGGAUGGCCCAGGAAUUCUCUGGAUCUUUCUGGACUACUUUCAGACCAAUCACUUGAGUUGCAGUGGCCUCCCCCCUCCCUCAGACCAGUUUCCAAGAGAAGAGAUCACUAGAGUGGUCCGCAAUGCAAGUCCAAUAGCCAAUUACCUACAACAUGUAAUGCAGGAAGUCAGAGAAAAUCCUCCACCUAACCUCCCCCCUGGGGCCCUGGUGAUGCACCAUGAACCUAAAUGGGCUGAAGGUGUCCCAGGCAACUUAGAGAUUGUUGAAGACUUGAACUUGGAGGAGAUACUGAUUUAUGUAGCAGAGAAGUGCCGUUUUCUCUUGAGGAAUGGUUAUUCUCCCAAGGAUAUUGCUGUGCUUUUCAGCAAAGCAGGUGAAGUGGAAAAAUAUAAAGACAAGCUUCUAACAGCAAUGAGGAAGAGAAAAAUGUCUCAGCUCGAUGAGGAAUCUGAUCCGUUACUGCAGAUUGGGGAUGCGUCGGAUGUUCUGGCCGAUCACAUUGUGUUGGACAAUAUCCGUCGAUUUUCAGGCCUGGAAAGAAACAUCGUGUUUGGAAUCAAUCCAGGAGUAGCCCAACCGGCUGGGGUCUACAAUCUUCUGCUCUGUUUGGCUUCUAGGGCAAAAAGACAUCUGUACAUUCUGAAGGCUUCUGUGUGAUAGGACAACCCCAGCCUAAGAAACAAUUAAGUGUUUCUCAUCUCUAAUCAAAUCAUUUGAUCCAAACAUGUAAGCACACACUUAUUAAGUCACAUACUCUUCUAGGUGCUGGGGAUUGAGGAUGAAUCAAUGUAAGAUUUCUCCUUUAGGGCAGAGACAAGCCACUGACAAGUACACAGAUAGACAAGGGGUUUCCCAUAGUAAUAAGGAAUAUCAGUAAUUAGAGGACCCUGAGACUCAGAGGUAGGGGUGUGUGUGUGUGUGUGUGUGUGUGUGUGUGUGUGUGUGGAGGCAGAUGGAGGGAUGGGGUGGUUAUUUUGGGUGGUCAGGGAAGCGCUCAGGGAAGGAAGAACUUGUCAUGAAAAGAUCUGAGUGUGCCAGGCAGACUCAGAUGUCUGUUAUUUUUAACAUGGCCAUGUGCAGAAAAGCUUGAAUGGGACGUGCAAGCAGAAUGUGAAGGAUGGAGCGGGUAGCUCAUCUGGCCUUGUAGGGGCCAGGAACAGGCAAGAUAUGUUUUGAAAUGUAAGAUCACAGGCUGUUUUUUGCAAGACCACAUUAUGUUACUUUAUUAUUUUCUGCUUUUUCUUUUAACGGCAUUAGAUGGUUUUUUAUCACUAUAUUUUAAGAUGCUUUUUGUGUGCCUUUUGGUUAUUUGGAAUCUGCUCCUUAGCUCUGCUUUUUUAUUCUUAUGGAGCAUCGUGGGUUACUACAUGAAGGAAAGACUGCCACAGUCCCCCAGGGAGGCAUACUGUGUUUUAUUGAUUGAUUUUAAGAUGAUAGAGGGCUUAGGAGGAUGAAUAUAUUGGACUCAAAGGUUACAUUUUGUUUUUUCAUUUAAUUUAAUAAUCAACAAAAUGACAAAGUCAGUUUAAUAUCUUACUUCUGCUAAGUCUUCAGGAUUUUAGCUAGUCUUUCAAAAGCCAUUGCUACAAAAGUGCAAAUUUCUCAUUUCCCGUGGGUCUCUAGAAACUCUCUCAAUAUUUAAAGCCAACAAAUUCAUCUUUUCUGAGAGACAAAAACUAAAAAAUUCAAAGAGUCAAUUCUCUAUUAAAAACAGCAAGACCCUGCUAUUUCCCAAGAAUAAAAAAUUUUAGAUUCUCAUUGUAAGAAGUAUGAACUUGAGGCUAGAAUUGGUUUAUUUCUGGCAGCUACUUACAAUAUUAAGAACUUUAUUCUUUAAGACAAUUUCACAGGAAAGCAUGAAAUUAAUCUAUUGUGAAAUGUUUUUAUGACUAACUUGGAAUAUACUGCAAAUCACUAGUAAGUAGAGAUACAUUUAAGAUAAAAUGAUUAAUAUAACAAGUGGUAAUUCUGAAUAAAGAUCUGAAUAAAUUCAGAUCACACUCUCCCUUUACCAAUAUGUAAAACAAUGUACAAAAUUAGUAAAAAUAUAGCCCAAAAUUUACCAGCAACAGAGAAGCAAAGAAUGGAGUUUUAACCUUAUACUAUAAACAUCUAACAGAUAUGUAUGAAAAUUUAAAAAAUAGAAUAGGUUGGGCAUGGUGACUCAUGCUUAUAAUUCCAGGACUUUAGGAGGCCAAGAUGGGAGGAUUAUCUGAGCCCAGGAGUUCAAAUCCAGCUUGGGCAACAUACUGAGACCCUGUCUCUCAAAAAUAAAUAAAUAAAUUUAGCUGGGCAUGGUGGUGAACACCCGGAGUCCCAUCUACUCAGAAGGCUGAGGCAGGAAGAUCACUUGAGCUCAGGAGUGUGAGGUUACAGUGAGCUGUGAUCCUACCAGUGCACCCAGCCUGGGUGACAGAGCAAGCCCCUGUCUCUAAAAAAUAAAUAAAUAAAAUAAAAAAUAGAAUUUAAAAGUUCUAUAUAAAGGCAUAGCUACUAUCUCACCUGCCGAGUGUAGUCAUGAAUAGAUGUCACAUAAAGAAAAGAAAACCAGAAUUCUUGUUAAUAUAUGACCAAUUUGAAGGGUGGUGGUAGAGGUAUUGAGGAGGCAGCUCAGGGAAACACCAGGUAGACCCUGUAGCAUAGAAGCCCCUGACUGUCCCCAGGGACUCUCUGUAGAUACAGGCAGGAUUUUCCAGAAUUUCACAUGAAUUAAACAAAGGGGGCUGUGUCUUAUUCCUGCAUGCUUUGCCUCCUUCAUGGAAUUCAGCGGAUUUAAUGGAAUUUCCUAGGCAGCAAUCAAGAGUAGAAACCAGAUUAACAGCAAGGGCCUCAUCUCACACCAAAUCAGAUCAGGCUACAGAAAAGUAGAUGGAAGACACUACCCAGGCCUCCAGCUAUACAAUGGAGAGGAAGCCAAGCAAGUCUAUUUCUCUAAGAAAGUUGUCAAAGAGAGCCCUUCUAUGCCAUCUUAAAGUAAAAAGAAAGACUCUACCCAGCCACCCUGAUUAAGCAUUAGAAAGAUAAGUGGUCUGAUCAUUAGGCAGAAAGACAACAGGGAAAAUAUGUAAAAAAUAAACAUGGCGUAAACCAGAUGAAGAACCCAUGCCGAAAGGAUAUAUAACUCAGGGGACAAAAGACAACUCACCAUAGGUCGGGCGCGGUGGCUCACGCCUGUAAUCCCAACACUUUGGGAGGCCAAGGCAGGCAGAUCACCUGAAGUCAGGAGUUUGAGACCAGCCUGGCCAACAUGGUGAAACCCUGUCUCUACUAAAAAUACAAAAAUUAGCUGGGUGUGGUAGUGCACACCUGUAAUACCACCUACUUGGGAGGCUGAGGCAUGAGAACUGCUUGAACUCAGGAGGCAGAAGUUAUAGUGAGCCAAGAUCGCACCAUUGCACUCCAGCCUGGGUGACAAAGUGAGACACUGUCUCAAAAAAACAAACAAAACCUCCCCAUAGAUGUCCAUGCCAUAGAAGAGUUUGAGAAGUCUAUAAAUUCAAUAAUGCAAGAGUUGAAAGUCUGUCCCACUGUACCCGAGUUUUUCCUCUCUGAAUUGCAGACUAGAAACUCUAGGGCACUAAGCUGGGGCAGUCACAGAGGUGACCUCCUUUGUUUCCCACAUCCUACAUUACAACAGGGAUGAGGGAUCAGUAUCCUUCACUGACUGAUUUCCAAUAUCUUGAGGCCUGUUGUUUCAUAUAUUUUGUCUGAUUUUGCAGUUGUUUGAGAAGGGAAGAUAAAUAUGGUCUCUGUUCCUCUAUCUUGACCACAAGUGUCUAAGAAGACAGUGAAGCAAUAUGUGUAUAGUUCUUAAGGAAAAAAAUUCUGACCUAAAAAUAUUAAACUUAGUCAAAAUGUUAUUCUAGUACAAAGGCAAAACAUGGGUAUUUCUGAACAUAAAAGAGUCCUAGAAAUACAGGACUCAUGAAUCAUUCUUAAAGAAAAGUUACGCAGUAAGGAAAUCUAGAUGAGCAAAAAUAUGUGAAAAUAAAAGAUUAUUAUAAUUGGACCAAAAUUAAGCUUAAAUCCAUUCACAUAUAUAUAUAUAUAUAUAUAAUUAAGAUAUGUAGGAAUCAUAAUUAUGGAAAAGAACGUUACAAACCUUCACAAAGUAAAGAUAUUUUUACAUCAGGUAGAUUCUUCUGUUUCAAUCUAUAAAACCAGGGUUUGGAUCAUUAAAAAAAAACAAACAAAAGUAAUUUAUUGAAAUCAUUAGAGAGGACCUGAUAGAAUAAAAGGACAAAUUGACCAAAUAGGCUUUAGAGGGGAGAGGUGCCUGAGAAGUUACAAGGACCUGGCUGGCAGGAGUGACUUGACCAUAGUCAUUUUUUUUACUUGAUUUAAGAAGGGUUCAAUUACAGUGAGAGACUUUCACUUGCCUAGUUUGCAUACUCAACUCUUCUCUAGCAUAGGGCAGGUUCCUUGGUUGAAUAAUUUCCAGAAAACUUGAUGUAAAGUGGAAAGAUCAGUUCCCCCAGAGAAUAUCAGUUACCAAAAUAGAAUGAAAGGAUGUUGGGUAGAUCAAAACAACAGAUGUCCAUUAUAGCAAUUAACUAAAGUUAGGGAGUGGGAAAGUUUGAGUGCCAAUAUGUGUUUCAAGACAACUUUAAAAAUGGCUCCAAACAUUUUAUGCUUUUUGCAAUUUAGUCAUUUUAAUAUUAGAAAAAUCUUCCUGUAACUAAAAGUUCUUGAGGUGAAGAAAUACAUUCUGUAGUUCAGCUCUUCCUUCAAUUUGAUUAGUUACUUUUUCUUUAGUUCAAGCAAAAUAAAUAUAAAAAUAAUUUUAAAAUAGUAUGCAUCAUAUCAUUACAUUUAACAUAAUUCUAUCUAGCUGUUCCUAUGUUUUCUCUGCUAUAUUUUAAAGCUUUCUGGUAUAUUAUUAACCUUGAAUAUUUCUAGUUGAUGAACUUAUAAGUGAUUUGUUGUUUCCUUUUCUCUUUCAGUAUUGCUAGAAUCAAUUUUAUUGACUUUGCACGUUUGUAUAAAGACCUUGAAGGUCACAUGCUGAAAUCACCUUCUACUAAAACAAUCUCAUAGAAAUAAUAGAGAAAAAAUUUAAAACAUUGCCGUAUACAUAGCCAUCCUCACAAACAAGAAAAGCACCUCUCCAUGGAAGAGAACCUAUGAAGCAUUCGUUCGUACAGGUAGGGAAGAGCUAGGUAAACUGCAGUGUACACUGAGGCUGGCACCACCACAGGCCAGGACACCUAUUGUCACAAAGCCAGUACAGAAUCUCCCAACCAGAAAGUGUUGCCCUGAGGCUGAGGCCAAAUCCAUUUUGCCCCCAGUUAGCCAGACCAAAGCCUAAAACUAAAAUAUCCAUGCUUCAGGCUUUUUCGGUGUUGACACUGUUGGCAUUUUGGGCUGGACAGUCCCUUAUUGUGAGAGGCUUCCCUACACACUUUAGGAUGUUUAGCAGCAUCCUUGGCCCUACUCCCUAGGGGCCAGUAGCAAAUCCACCAGCCUCCUUCCCCUACCCUAGGGUUGGCUGUCAGUUGUGACAACCAAAAAUAUCUCCAGACAUUGCCAAAUGUCCCUUGGGUGGGCAAAAUCACCACCAUCAUACCUCUUUUGACUAAAAGAGUUUCCAGAAUAGUGGCAGAAUAUAUGUCAAGCAUAACACAUUAUAGUCAAGAUUCAGAACAUCAAAGACUCUUUUUUCACUCCUAAAAGAAAAAGGUUUAGAAAAAUCUACAAAAAGAAGAGUCAAUUCGACAAUAACUAUUUCACUAGCAAGAUUAGAUGUAAGCAGAAUACAGGCACCACAUUCAAACUGCUGUGGAAAAACAACAUUGAACUUAGACUUCUCUCCCCAAACUAUCAUUCAGAGCAGAGGGCAAAAUAAAUAGAUUUCUGACUGGAACAAGUAGGAAUAAUGUACUCACAUUAUUCCUCUUCAUAUAGGGAUGGGCUAUAAGUGAUUUUUUAAAAACUUCCUACUUGUCCCAAGUCAGAAAACCUAUUCAUAUAGGGAUGGGCUAUUAGCAAGCAUAUAUGAAUAAUGUACUCUAGCAAGAAAAAAAAUGAACUGAGAAGAAAGUAGUGGUUUUGAGAAGGAUAGGCGAACAAAUAAAUUAGUGAAACAUAAGGUUAAGUCUAUACACAUUAUUUUCUAAUUGCCUAGUAUGUCAGACUACAUCUAGUUGGAAAAUAAUGAUGAAAGAAAAAGCCAUAUUGUAAUUCCAACAAAAAGAUAAAAUAAGAAUAACUGCAUCAAGAAAGUAUAAGCCCUUCAGGAAUAAAACUAUACAAUGAAACUAAAGAGCCCAAAAAAGAACUUAGAUAAAAAAAAAAAAAGAACUUAGAUAAAAAGUAGACUACGUUUUUGGAUAAGAAGAUUAAAAAAUUAUAAAUAUAUCAAUUUUCACUAAGUUAAUCUGUAAAUUCAGUGUGAUCCCAAUAAAAAUGCCAACAGAUUUUCCCCAAUAGCAUUGAAAUGAUUUUAAAAGUUAUUGAAGGCCAAGCAUGGUGGCUCAAGCCUGUAACCCCAGCACUUUGGGAGGCUGAGGCAGGUGAGUUGCCUGAGUCCAGGAGUUCGAGACCAGCCUGGGCAUCAUGGUGAAAUCCUGUCUCUACUGAAAAUGCAAAAAAUUAGCUGGGUGUGGUGGUGCACACCUGUAGUCCUAGCUACUUGGGAGGCUGAGGUUAGAGAAUCACCCGAGCCUGGGGAGCUAGAGGCUGUAGGUAGACCGCACUGCAGUCUGGGCAGCCAGAGUGAGAUCCUGUCUCAAAAAAAAAUUAUUGGAAACUACAAGGCAAGAAUAUCCAUCAAAAAUCUAGAAAAGAAGAAACCUAAGUGAGUUAGCAUGAACAAAUAUUAAAACAUCUUAAAAAGCUAUAAUAAUUAAAACAACGUGGUGCUGAUGUGUGGAGGGUCAAUGACACAAGAUAGAAUGACCAAAAAUAAAUUUAAAAUGCAUGUUGAAGUGCAUUAACAGCAUAUGUUAAAGGUGGCAUUCAAAUUAAUUGGGGAAAGAUGGAUUAUUCAAUAUAUGAUGAAUAACUUGGGUAUCUAGCUAAAAAAAAAAAAUUAAACAUGGGUCAUAUGUCAGACUUGAUGCCAAGAGGCGUCAAGGAGAACCAAGUGUUUAAAAGUAAAAAUAUGGAAUCAUCGUAGUGCAUGAAGAAAAAGUAGGACUUAAAAAAUAAUAAUCUCAGCACGGGGAAGGUCUAAGUAUGGCCCUCAAUCAGAAACCAGGAAGGAAAAUAUUAACUAUUUCAAACAAAAUUAUCUCUGUAGCAAAAACAGCAUAAAAGGUCAAGAAACAACAUGCUGGAAAAAGAAUUGCAAUGAAUAUCACAGACAAAUAGUUAAUUUCUUAUUUAAAAAAUAGCUUCUACAAAUCGAAGAUAAAUAUUCUAAGGUCUCAAAGGAAAAAUGAGCAAAGGAUUUGACGAGUGGUAGAAUACAGAAAAAGAAUUUAAAAUAGCUCCUAGACAUAUGGAAACAUUACUCAUGAUAACAGAAGUAUCAAUUGACAAAAUCAUUCAGAUUGAUAACAAACCAUUUGGCAAGGGAAAAGCACUUCUAUGCAUUGCUAUAAAUUGGUAUGACUUCUAUUAAGAGCAAUCUGGCAGUAGUUAUCGAAAUUGUAAAUGCAUAUAUCCCUUUCUCUAGCAAUUUCUCUUUUAGAAAUUUAUUCUAUAUAUAUAUUCAAACGUAUGAAAUGCUACUGUACAGGUGGCUGAAUUUCACUUUAUUCCUAAGAGCAGAAGACUGCAAAACAGUAAAUAUCUACUCAAAGGGUCUAAGGAUUAAAUUUUGGCAUAUCAGCACAUGAUAACACUGUGAAGUCAUAAAAAAAAAAAAAGGGAGAUCUCUACAUGAAUUGAUGUGGGACCACCUUUAAGAUGUACUGUGUGUUGAACAAAGCAGCAUGCUGAAAAUGUCUACCUUAUGCUUGUAGAAUCAAUAUAAGUAUGUGCUUGUAAAUGCAGUAUCUAAACAACUGGUAACAGUGUCUGACUGUGGGGAAAGGCAGAUGGGUGCCAGAGUGAAAAAAAUAUAGCUUUUGCUUUUUAUGACUUUUGGAUUCUGUACCACAUAAUAAUUUUGGUGAAAAUGUUGCUGUGUGUUUUUACUUGUUCAUGGAAUGAUUUUAUAAGUUGCUCUUAGUUUUCUAUCAACCAAUAUCCUGGAAUAAACCCCUCAUGAUCGUAAUGAAUAUUGAAAAAUGUAGAAAAUACAAAAAUAAUAAAUCUUUGCUAUAAGGGAUUUAUAAGUUUUAAUAUUUUUAUAUUUGCUUCAAGCUUUUUUUUUUAAAUAAAAGAAAUGCAACAUUGCAA